ACGGUACCACAUGGACGCGCUCUUCGAGCAACUCUCCGCCGUCGCCGACAUGGCUCUCGACCUCGACGGCCGGGGCUUCGACCCAGAACAGCUCGCCGGCGUCCUCGCGCUCUUCGAGGGCGAGGCGCACGCCUCGUGGGCGGCGGCCGAGGCGGAGUACGAGGCGGUGGCCCGCGGCACCGAGGCGGCCGUGGCGACCGCUCAGGGCCACCUGAACGCCGUCAUGGGCGCGGCCGUCGGCAAGUACCGCGGCUCAGCCGGCGAGGCCGACGCGCUGUCCGCGGCCAUGGCGGCGAUGGAUACGGCCUUCAAGGCAACGUCCGGGACACAUCCCUCCUCACGCCCGUGAGAUCGAGCGGGAAAGAUCUGUGCGCGCACGCACCGCAAGAUCGGUCGAUAUGCUCCAUGAGCAUGUACGUAUGUGCCUG